CUCCUGUACUGGGCUCAGCAGUCUGACUCUAGGCUACACUGUGACUGGGUGCUGAUUUCUCGCCUGCAUUAGUUCAAAGAGGAGUGGGAAGCCACUGCCUGCCCUAUUCUCAGCCUCAACGAAACACUCCAAACAAGAAGGGACACAUUGAGCAGUGGUACCAGAUUCUGACACAGCAGCUGAGUGAAAAGUGCCUGGAAGGCUUUGAACUGCAAACAGAACCCUGCUUUUAACAAUUGUAAGAAGGAAGCCGGCGUGAGGGGCUUGUAGCCCAGUCUGCACAACACAACUCGGUCUGUUCCGAGAACUCUGCUUGCUUUCUCAUUCCACGAGCAGGACUAUUUCUGAGGGUUAUCUUGAAACAAUGAAGGACAGGCUUGAAGAAUUGAUAGAGUGUUCGAAAUCAUAUCAACAGCAAACAGAGGCCCCUGAUGAGGUGGAUUACCCUCAGGAAAGCUUGGUGUUUGAAUGCGACUUCAUUUUGCAGAUGCUAUACAAGGAAGUGCAGCAGCUCCGAGAGGAAAUUGGGCACCUGAAAAUGGACAUCAAACGUUUAGGGAAGCAGAACACCCGCUUUCUCACCUCAAUGCGACGUCUCAGCAGCAUCAAGCGGGAUUCAAAUUCUAUUGCCAAAGACAUAAAAAGCCGGGGUGAGAAGAUCCACCAGAGGCUGCAGGACCUGAAAAGUUACAUAGAAGAAAUAACGAAUACUCAUGGGCCCAAUGCUGCCAUCAUUCGUAUCGCCCAGGCUCAGCACUUUGCCCUCUUGAAUCAUUUCCACGAUGCUAUGUUGGAGUACAACACAGAGGAGAUGAAGCAGCGGGAAAACUGCAAGACCCGAAUCCAGCGGCAACUUGAGAUCAUGGGGAAGGACAUUUCCGGCAACGAGAUGGAGGAUAUGAUAGAGCAGGGUAAGUGGGAUGUGUUCUCUGGGAAUCUGCUGAGUGAGGUACGUGGGGCACGGACUGCACUCUCAGAAAUUGAGCAGCGGCACCGGGAGCUCCUGAAGCUGGAGUGCAGAGUCCGCGAGAUUCAUGACUUGUUCCUGCAGAUGGCAGUGUUGGUGGAGGAACAGUCAGAAACACUCAACAACAUCGAGGUAAAUGUGCAGAGAAUUCAAGACUAUGUGGGUGAGGCAAAAGUUCAGCUGCAGAAGGCAGUGGAACAUAAGAGGAACAACAUUUGUCGACAAAUAUUCUGCUGUUACUGUUGCUGCUCCUGAUGCAACAAUUCUCGCUCCCAAGUAUACCUGGCCAUUCUUUCACUGGGUCAAACCACAGUUAAAUACUCUCUUCUUGAAAGAAAUGUUUUGACAUUAGCUGUUGCAGAAAACAUCCUGAUUGUAGCCAUGAUUGUGUCCCUUUGUAGUUUUUUUGUGUUCCAGCGACCUCUCCAAUUAUAAGGAGGGACUAAGAUUGCAAAAUUUGCCUUUGUCCUCCUACAGCUACAGCUCAGGACACCCACACUCCCAUACUGAACAUGCCCACUUUCUUUUUCCACAUCUCCAAAAGUUGUGGCUCAUCAUCUGAUAGAUUCCAAAAGCCAAGCUUGGAUUACAGACGUGGAUUUAUUUAUUGCCCUUCUGGACUGAAGUUCAGGAACGCAUCAGAUAGAGAAUCUUCCAUGGGUUGACGUGACAACAUUUCUUCUGUUCUCAGGAUGUCUGGCUGAUGACAAGGUUGGCACUUAUUGCCUGUCCCCGGUUGAUCCAAGAAGCUAGUGCUAAGGCUUUUCCAUGAACUGCUGAACUCCUGAUUUUUAUCACCAAUGCUUUGAGCUCCAUAAAACUGGACUUUCUCAUCACAAUUAGGAAUCGGGGUUUGUGUUGUUUAUACCAAGAGUUUCUCAUGCUUCAAAUUGCUUCAGGUUGUGGCUCCAAAUGUCUCAUAGUUUUUAAUCUUCCUGCUGAACCUUUCCUGCUUUGUUUCCCAGUUUUGGUUGGAAGGGGGAUGAGGGAGUGCGGGAGAUUGAAGAAGGGGAGGAGAGUGAACAAACGACUGUAUGAUGUGGCAUUUGUGCUGUUCACCCUCUCUCCGUAUUUUUCAUCUCCAAAGCUGCAGAAUACAAGGCAGAAAGUAAACUAAAAAUGCUGGUUCUCGCAGCCAAUAAGAAUACAGGUGUCCAGUGAUUCUUGUAGUGUAAUGGGUUAAUCGAUUAACUGAUGUAAGCUAUGACAUAUCUGUGACAUCAGCAGUCAUGUGCUAGAGACUCUGUACAGCAGAACUAUCAGGCAGCACACAGGGCAGAUCUGUCCACUCAGUAACCCACCUUGUAUAUAUUGUACAUAGUGUAAAUAAAGCUGUUUGCAGUAAU